AUGCAAAUGUUAAUUUUCCCAAAGUUGCUUUUUCUGCCAAUGAAGUUCGUCGUUCAAAACUGUUUUCGUUUUAAAACUGAUAAAAAAUUUAAAUACACUUUUUCCAAAAAACUUUUAAAACUUUAUGUUAAAAAUGAUUCCGUGAACGGAGAUUAUGUUAUGACGCUACCGCAUUCUCGAGACGACUGA